AUGGGUAUGGGGAAUGAUCAGUUAUCUUUAAAUCAAUUUGGGCGACCCUUGGUUUAUCCAUUAGCACUAGUUCAUUACUUUAAUUUCAGUCCCUUAUUCGUUGCAGCCGGUACAUCUCGAAAUGCUAAGAUAUCCUUAGGAAAAAAAAGUAGCAAAAGUUCCGAUGAGAAAGUGUGCGCGGACGAUAUCCAAUUUUUGGUCGAUUUCGUUGGAUUUCUCACCCAGAGGAUUAAGGAUCCGCUUCCUUCUUCCAUUUCGUCGAGUUUUCUCGCUUGUAAAACUCGUAUGUCUAAGCAACUAUAUAUAAUGGUCAACAGAGGCCGAAUAAUUACCAUGGUAACGAAUCACGAGUCGACACCAUCUGUCCCUGCACCCGCAAGCAGUUUCUAUGACUCUAGAUUUCGCGACAAACGAUGUGGCCGAUGUCGUCAGCAUUUCAUUCUUAUUAAUUUGCAGAUUACUUUACAUCACACGUUAAAUGACUUUGUCUAUACAAGUGUCUUCCCAAAGAUUUAUGGAUAA